GCGCCCCCGAGCCCCCGUGCCCGCUCCGGCCAGGAGCCUUCACGUAAAUGGGUCCAGUCAUGCCUCCCAGUAAGAAGCCAGAAAGCUCAGGAAUUAGUGUCCCCAGCGGACUGAGUCAGUGUUACCGGGGCAGCGGUUUCUCCAAGGCCCUUCAGGAAGACGAUGACCUCGACUUCUCCCUGCCCGACAUCAAACAGGAGGAGGGGGCCAUGGAAGAUGAGGAGCUGACCAACCUGAACUGGCUGCACGAGAGCAAGAACCUGCUGAAGAGCUUCGUGGAGCCGGUGCUGAGGAGCGUCAGCCCCGUGCAGGAGCUGGACGACGACACGCCCCCGUCCCCGGCCCACUCCGACCUUCCCUACGAUGCCAGGCAGAACCCCAACUGCAAGCCGCCCUACUCCUUCAGCUGCCUCAUAUUCAUGGCCAUCGAGGACUCUCCGACCAAGCGCCUGCCAGUGAAGGAUAUUUACAACUGGAUCUUGGAACAUUUCCCGUAUUUUGCAAACGCGCCUACUGGGUGGAAGAACUCAGUGAGACAUAAUUUGUCGUUGAAUAAGUGUUUUAAGAAAGUGGACAAGGAGCGGAGUCAGAGUAUUGGGAAAGGGUCGUUGUGGUGCAUAGACCCAGAGUAUAGACAAAAUCUAAUUCAGGCUUUGAAAAAGACACCUUACCACCCACCCCCACAGGGGCUAAGCAGGCCCCCCAGCUCUCCUCACGCAUAUCAAAGCACAUCAGGUCCACCUAUCUGGCCAGGCAGCAUGUUCCUCAAGAGAAACGGAGCCCUUCUACAAGUUCCCCCAGGAGUGAUACAGAAUGGAGCGCGGGUUCUGAGCCGAGGGCUGUUUCCUGGCGUCCGGCCACUGCCAAUCACUCCCAUUGGAAUGACAGCCGCCAUGAGGAACGGCGUCAGCGGCUGCCGGAUGCGGACUGAGAGCGAGCCAUCGUGCGGCUCCCCGGUGGUCAGCGGAGACCCCAAGGAAGAUCACAACUAUAGCAGUGCCAAGUCCUCCAACGCCCGGAGCACCUCGCCCGCCAGCGACUCCAUCUCCUCCUCCUCCUCCUCCUCCUCCUCCUCCUCGGCCGACGACCACUACGAGUUCGCCACGAAGGGGAACCAGGAGGGCAGCGAGGGCAGCGAAGGGAGCUUCCAGAGCCACGAAAGCCACAGCGACACCGAGGAGGACGACCGGAAGCCCAGCCAGAAGGAGGUCAAGGACGCCCUCGGGGACAGCGGGUACGCAUCCCAGCACAAGAAGCGCCAGCACGUCGCCAAGACCAGGAAGGUCCCCAGCGACACGCUGCCCCUCAAAAAGAGACGCACGGAAAAGCCGCCCGAGAGCGAUGAUGAGGAAAUGAAGGAGGCGGCCGGGUCGCUCCUGCACCUGGCGGGGAUUAGGCCCUGUUUGAACAACAUCACCAAUCGGACAGCAUAGGGGCAGAAGUAGCAA